AAACAAGAAAUUUAAAUAAUUAUUCAUCAUAUUCUUUGUUUUGUAACUGAAACACUUAUUAGAUUCUUUGUUUUGUUAGCUUUAUCAACAUGUCUACUAACAUUUUGUAUCAAGAGAAUUUUGGUAAAGUAAUAGAAAUAAAGAUGCCAGUGGCAUUAGUUUUGUUGUUGGCAUUGAGCAGUGUGAUUCUGAUUAAUGGGAGAAGUUACGGCAUCGGAAACGUAUGCGAUCUUGGUCGGAGACCGAACGAGAGACCACACAGUGUCAAAAUCACUGAUUUUGGAGCUGUGGGAGAUGGGGAAACGUUGAACACAAUUGCGUUUCAGAAUGCUGUCUUCUAUCUAAAGUCUUUUGCUGAUAAAGGUGGUGCUCAGCUAUAUGUUCCUCCGGGACGGUGGCUCACCGGAAGUUUCAAUCUCACCAGUCAUCUCACUCUCUUUCUCGAGAAAGACGCCGUCAUACUUGCCUCACAGGAUCCAUCGCAUUGGCAAGUCGCAGAUGCCUUGCCGUCAUAUGGGCGGGGUAUUGACCUACCAGGGAAGAGAUACAUGAGUUUGAUAAACGGUGACACGCUACAUGAUGUAGUAGUAACAGGUGAUAACGGUACGAUAGAUGGGCAAGGUCUUGUUUGGUGGGAUCGGUUUAAUUCUCAUUCUUUAGAGUAUAGUCGCCCUCACCUUGUCGAGUUUGUCUCUUCCGGAAAUGUCAUUGUCUCAAAUCUUACGUUCUUGAAUGCUCCGGCUUAUACUAUCCAUUCGGUUUAUUGUAGCAAUUUAUACAUUCAUAGAGUAACAGCUAAUACUUCUCCAGAAUCUCCUUAUACCAUCGGCAUUGUCCCGGAUUCUUCUGAAAAUGUAUGCAUCCAAGAUUCUAGUAUCAACAUGGGGUAUGAUGCCAUUUCUCUUAAAAGUGGUUGGGACGAAUACGGUAUUUCGUAUGCAAGACCUACUGCAAAUGUCCAGAUAAGAAAUGUUUACCUCGGAGCAGCUUCUGGUUCAUCCAUUUCCUUUGGUAGUGAAAUGUCUGGUGGCAUAUCUGAUAUCGAGGUUAGUGAUGUUCACAUACACAACUCGUUAUCCGGGAUUGCCUUUAGAACAACAAACGGAAGAGGCGGUUACAUUAAAGAGAUCGAUAUCUCCAACAUCCAUAUGGUUAAUAUUGGUACUGCGUUUCUAGCCAAUGGUAGCUUCGGUACUCAUCCGGAUUCUGGUUUCGACGCUAAUGCUUUCCCGCUUGUGAGUCACAUCAGAUUACAUGACAUUGUCGGAGAAAACAUAAGCACUGCCGGAUAUUUCUUUGGAACCGAAGAGUCUCCUUUCACUUCGAUUUUCUUAUCGAAUAUCUCUCUGUCGAUUAAAAACUCCGAUUCUCCUGCUGAUUCUUGGCAAUGCUCAUAUGUUGACGGUUCUUCAGAAUCCGUAGUCCCUGAACCGUGCCCCGAGCUGAAGAGUUUUGAUAGUUCCUAUGGUAGAGCUGAGGCCUUAUGAAACCAAACUUCAUUAGAAACCUCAUUUCGGAUCGGUUGGGCAUGAUGAUUCAUAUUUGUUAAGAUAGCAAAAGGUCAGAUUCUUUUCUUUUCCUGAAAAAAAACCACAGUGUGUAGAAGUUACCUGUUCCAAAUCCCCAUUGUUGGUGUUGUCCCUGUUAUUUGCAGCUUGUGAGAUUAAUAUAUCUUGUACAGGUUC